UGGAGGACCGUUAUGUGGUCGUGCUGGAGCAGAAAGCGCUUCUCCAGCUAUGUAGAGAAGUAGCGAGGGAGUCCGUUUCGCGUUAUUAAUGUUAGCGCGUUGUCUGCCUGAACGAUGGCGUCUCUCACACGGGGACACACAGUCGGACUGCAGUGGAUCACACACUUUUAUCGGUCAUAACGGACAAAAUGGGCUUUUUGCUGGAAACUAACUAUAUCUAUUGCUGAAUGUGAGGAGAACAAAGAGCGCGACGCUUUUUGCCUGCAAUAGGAGGCCCGGUGCGUGUUUUCCGCUCGCGUUUCUGCAUCACAUAGCAGCUCUGCAGCGCUCGGAGUUUUCUUUACAUGGGAAUAAACUCAUUAGUGCUGUUGCCGUAACUGACAGCGAGCGAAGCCUGGGAGCUGCGCGCGGGCUGCAAUGCGGCCACGAGGGGCGCUGCUGCUCCUCUUCCUGCUGCACUGCGCGGCCGCGGCCGCGUCGCUGUCCACCUGCGCCACCGUGGACGUGGAGCGCGUGCGGAAGCGGCGCGUGGAAGCGAUCCGCGGCCAGAUCCUGAGCAAGCUGAGGCUCAGCAGCCCGCCGCAGCACGCGCUCGCGCCCGCCCACGUGUCCGCGCAGGUGCUGGCGCUGUACAACAGCACGCGCGACCUGCUGCAGCAGCUGGGCACGGACCCCCCGCAGAGCUGCGGCCGCGAGGACACGGACACCGAGUAUUACGCCAAGGAGAUAUACCGCUUCGACAUGGUCCAGGCGCAGCAGGACGACAAUGAUCUCCGCUGCUACAGGAGUGUGACGUCCAAGGUGUUCCAUUUUAAUGUUUCUGCCAUGGAGAGGAACUUCACCAAUCUCUUUCGGGCUGAGUUCCGAGCAAUGCGGGUUCCCAAUGCCCUCGCACAGAAGAAUGAGCAACGGAUUGAACUCUACCAGAUUCUGAAACCAGAUGAGCACAUUGCCAAGCAGCGCUACAUUGGAGGCAAGAACAUGCUGACAAAGGGCACACCAGAGUGGGUCUCAUUUGACGUGACGCAGACCGUGCGUGAGUGGCUGCAGCACCGAGAGACCAACCUGGGCCUGGAGAUCAGCGUUCACUGCCCAUGCAACACCUUUGACCCUAAUGGCAACCUCAUCAAGAGUGGCAAAGAAGUGCUGGAGGUCAAGUUCAAAGGUGUGGAGGGUGACUAUGAUGAGCAGAGCCAUCCAGAGCUUGUCUAUUCAAAGCGGCCAAAGGAGCAGUUCUCCCCACACCUGAUCCUCAUGAUGCUGCCGCCGCAUCGUGUAGACGCCCGGCCCUCUCAACGCAGACACAAGCGGGCGCUGGACACCAACUACUGUUUCUCGAAUUAUGAGGAGAACUGCUGUGUACGUUCCCUUUAUAUCGAUUUCCGCCGGGACCUCGACUGGAAGUGGAUCCAUGAGCCGAAGGGCUACUUUGCCAAUUUCUGCUCCGGGCCGUGUCCCUACUUGCGGAGUGCUGACAGCACACACAGCACGCUGCUGAGCCUCUACAACACCAUGAACCCAGAGGCGUCGGCCUCGCCCUGCUGUGUUCCCCAGGACCUUGAACCCCUCACCAUCCUCUACUACUUGGGCCGGACUCCCAAGGUGGAGCAGCUGUCCAACAUGAUUGUUAAGUCAUGUAAGUGCAGCUGAGAAAAGGACUCAGGUCCUGCUGGAUGAAGAAUACCUCACCCCAAGACCCCGCCCACCACUGAACACACUCUUACGCGGACACCUCGACUCAGAGCUGCGAUGUCGGAGCGAGUGUAGCACCACACAACAUAGCACGAAAGAGGAUACUGUAAAAGCAAGAGGUGGUAUACAGUAUAUUGGUAUAUGUAAUAUUCUUGUGACAGAGCUAACUUAGAGCCUGCAUGCGUGGCGGGAUUCUCCAUGCUGGAACCUGCCGGUGCCGCACACUCCAAGAACCAUCUGGCGUUCGAGCGCGAGACUGUCCGAUGGCUCCAACAGUCCUAGGAAAAUACUACAUGCUGGAAAAGGACAUUUAUUGAGAAAAUUUGUAGAUGUUGUCACUGCUGAGGUUACCUCAUUUGUAACAGGAUUAUUUUAAGGACAUAAAUUGCUGGUUUUUUUUUUUUUUUUUGGUUGUACAAUUCAUGUCACUUAGUGAACACUUAUUUUGUAAAAUGUUUUCGUGCUCAUACCCCAGAAAACUGUUUUGUAUGAAAACAUGGUCUUUGACUUGUUUCUGAUUCUGGAGGGUUGGCAUUUGGUGGCAUUAAACUUUAUACACACAUCCCCUUUUAUCAGAUGCUAGUUCCUCACUCAAUCUAAGACAAAUGUGCAGGUACUGAAAGAUGUUCCAUUGUUUCUUAUGGGGAAAAUUUUUUUUUCCCCCUGCCUGAAACACCAGGACCAGCAUAAAGAACUAGCAAAAAUCCACUGUACGUCACAUUAUUUCAUUGUCAUAGUUUUCUAUCCAAAGCAACUCAUUUGGUGUGAAAUAAUUUUGCACUUUCAGGUAUUAAAAAUUUAUACUUAGGGUUUGUGGGUCUUGCUCAAGGGUGCAAGAGAAAGGUGCUCCUGGUAAUUGAUGUCAGAACCUUCUUGUUGACAAUCAAUAAAAUGUAAAAUCGAUACCUGUUACCAUCCUGUGAUGGAAACAAAGGGGUGCAGAAAAUGUUGGACUUUCCUUAAAUGUUCUAAUUACUUGGAAAUAAAUGACGAAAAGUAAAGAAUGCCCAAAGUGUGCUGGUAUUGGAAGAGAUGACAGAAAAAUAAGACGUUGACCAGUGGCCCAGUUUCAUCAGCACACAUGACAAGCAGACUGGAGGGUGUUUUGAUGAGAAAUCAGACAUGUGGGGAAGUGACGGUUUUCAGGCCAGCUGACUGUGAUGUGGAAGGUGUCGGUGGUGGUAGCUGGAGGGUGUUGUGGAAGGUGUGUUUUUGAUCCAGCCAGGAUUUUGUGCGCCUCGUGAGCCGCAAACGGCACCUCCUUUUCUUAGCUGUCCUGAUACCCUGCUUGUGAAACCGAUCUCCUCGCCUUCCUGUUUGCAAACGCAACUGCCUGACGGGGCCUUAAAUGAACGUACUGAAGAUUGACAGCAUUUGACUCCCUUUGUAGCUCAGUGUGUUCAACAGCAUCUGAUGUUUUUGGAGGAAUA